AUGACCGAGGAUGAGUUCGCUGCAUGGUGGGGUCAGCACCACCAGCAAGGGGGGAGUUUCAUCGAUGCACUCCGGCGCACUCUGGCGAUUCGACUGCGAGUGAAGAACUUCCGGCAGUUGGCGCUGGUCUGCGGCCAAGAUAAGCUUUCACCAGAGAGCCUGUGGAUCGAUACAGAGCUGGUGGUCAUGAUCCAAGCAUACCCUCAGUCCGGCAAUGAAGAGUUGGUAUGGGCGGCCGGUGAUGUUGCACACGUUGUGCACCUUCUGGAACGGCCUUUGGACCCAGAUUUCAAAUACCUCGGCAGUACAGCUUUGCACCUUGCUGUCAGGGACGGCCAUCUGGAAGUUGUGCGCUGCUUGCUAGAAGCUGGCGCUGAUCCGGACAGCCGAAAUCAUACUGGAAUGACGCCAAUGCAUAUGGCCGGCAAGUAUGGCGGAACCAAGAUCAUGCAUUGCUUGCUAGAAGCCCGUGCUGACAAGCAUGUUCCCAAUAAUGCAGGAAAGACGCCCAUGGAUUUAGCCCGUGAGUAUGGCAAGACGGAAGUUCUAUGUCUCUUGUCGGAGGCGCGCUGA